GGUACAUAGGUUAGGUAGGUGCAUUACGACGCUUCUGGAAGCUCCAGCUGGCCUCAAUUUAUCCCAUAUUCAAUGUAGACAUAUAAAGACACUCAUCCACCACCUCAACACUCCUUUACCUUCUUCUCGGCGGGCUUGUGAAACCAGCAACGAAGAAACCUCGUUAGAGGUACACACAAUUCUCUCAAUAAACAAAGAAGCAAUAGGCAAUCCAAUCCUCCUUACCUCAACAUGAUUUCCGACGACGAUCUGUACACCCUGGCCAUAUUCCUUGGCUCAACGGCCAUGGUCCUAAUUGUGCUGUACCAUUUCUUCGAGGUCAAUUCACAAGAGGAUGGCGCCCUGAGCGAGAAAGCCGCGAAAUCAACGCCGGCACAGCAGCCGGCAGCAGUGGGAAAGCAAUCGGGAGUGGCAAAGUAAAGGAACCGAAUAUUCUAAACUUAUGGUCCCAGGCGUUAGUUGUUUAAGAUAGGGAACAUUAUCUGGGUGGUUGUUGAUCCAUGCAACCCGGAUGCUCAGGGACAUGGCCAAGCCAUGGGUUCAACUAAGAGCUAUUUUACGAGGGAAUAUUUCCCGAUCAAACAAUUUGAUCGGUCUCGAUCCGGAUAUCUGCCAGAGGGGAUUGCAGUAGAUGGGUUACUAUAGUACACUGCAUAAGAAGGUGGUGAUCGUAUGUGUUCCAGAAUGAGCUGGAAAGCCUCCGUUUUCCUGGGGAACUACUUGCUUGUAGAAGGGACUCGGAUUAAGGGAUUACUGGACUACGAUUCGAUUGCAAGUUAUUCAUCCUUUAAGCGCCGUAUUCAAAUCCCAUAUACAAUGAAUUCGAUAUUCCGUCUUUUACAGUGACUAUGGUUAAGACAGAACUCUCAAGACAUGGUAAAUAUGUACAUCCAUGAUAAAGAAGCCUCAUAUCGCUCUAUGAUUAGAACCAAUUCAUAGCAAAACAAUUAAUAGAAGGUGAUUUGGC